AUGGCAGGGACUUUAUUUGAAGAUGUAUCUGAGGACGAAAGAGGCAAUGAAAGGGAGUUUAUGGAAGUUGAAAGCGAGGAGACAAUUGUAAAGCAUGGAAUUUCAGAUACCUUGUGCUCUGAUGAAAUAACAGCUGCUAGUGAGGAACCCAAACCUGCAUUUCGAGCUCCUAUAAAUGAUACUGAGGAUCUAUUUUUUGAUUCUCAAACAAACAACUCCAAAGAUGAACUUGCGGAUGAGACCCCUAGUAGCCCUUUAGAAGUUUUGGCACCAUCCGUACUUGCAAUGAACUUGAAGCUUGACACUGCUCCUCUUGAUGACAUUUCCUCUGACUAUGAGGACAAUGACAAAGAGAACAUUGAUCCACAACCACAUGAGUUGUCUCCAACAACCAAUGGCGACCCUGUUAAAGCAUUUGUUGAUGAAGAGGCUGAAGAAGAAGAUGACAGUGACCAUGACUUAGAUCGCUUCCAGGAUGAUGACAAUGAAGUUGAUGAAGAUGCAGAAGAUAUAGAAGAACUUAGAGAUAUGAUAGCAACUGGAUAUGAAGAAAAACAAAGUGAUAUUGAUAGGCGAAUGGAACUCCAUCAGAAGCUGCUUGACCAACAGGAUGCUGCUAAAACAGCGCACCUAUUACGAAAAUGGGGUCCAAAGCAGAGAGAAACAGCCUUGCUUGAUGAUGAAGGAUUUGAGGAAGAGGAAGAGGAUGAAGAGGAUUUUUCUGAAAAUGAGGAAGAUUCACGUCCAGUAAACUUGCGCAUGCAUAUAAAAAAGAUAAAGGAAAUGAUACCACAAAUGUUCACCGAUAAGGAUGACACAUACAUAUCAUCUGAUGAUGAAGAAGCAAAAAAAAAACUUGUUGAACAAUCCCUGUCUGACAAAGCUAAUCAGAAGGCUGGGCUCCUGCCUCCAACAAAGGAUGCAAGAUCGAAAGAACUCUUUGGUUAUAUAAAGGUCAACAAUAUGCCUGAAACCAGAAAAAAAGCCAAAACAUCACCCUUUUCUAACAUGCUGUUCAUGGGGAAAAAAGGGAAUGAGUCCUCAAAGUCAUCUUUCAUUGGUCGGGGGUCAAAUUGUUUUAUACCAUCAUCCACCAAGCAAGGAUCAGGUAUCAUACGUUCAUUCGUAUUUGAACGUGAAGACAAUAAUAGCAAAAGCACAACCACAAUGGCUGAAAGUUCUGAAGUGAAUCAAAUGGAGAAUCGACCAAAGAAAAAUGGUGCAUCAGCCAAGUUCAGCAAUUCACAUAUCAGAUCAAGUACUCAACGAAGAAAAGAAGAGAUGGAAACAAGUUCAGGAGCUCAAUUAUUGGAAAUAUUGAGGCAGUCCUCUUCACUGCAAACAAGUGAGUGCAGUGGUAGUAAGAGAAGUAUUGUUGGCCACACCGAAUCCUUAUAUGCUGCAUUCAAGCUGGAAAAGAAAUCAGUAGGAACUAAAAGGCCGAAUGUAUCUGUAAAGAUUCUCUAGAUUAUUUAGCACUCAACAAUUUUAUAUCAA